UCUACACGUCGCGAUUGGCUAGAGCCGCCGGCUUUUGUACGCUUGUGUAUGUUUGGAGUGUGCGCCGGUGUGCGUAAAUGUGACACAGGAUUACGAGUCUUUCCUAGACAUCCACAGGUUGCCCAUGGUGCACGGGGAAUGUAUCCGCUGUCAAGACGGAGACUGUGAUCACAACAAAGGCAGAAGUAGCACAAUAUUUUGGUGGAGUUUGGUCAGAGGACAGAAGUCUCGAUUUUGGAGCCGCUGCGUAAUUGCGUCCUUUUCUGCACGAUGACAGAAGUGGCCAUUCCCGUUUCAUUAAUGGAAUCGGAGAUGAUGUUCCAACCAGAGUCAGAUCAGAUGUCUCCAGUUGAGCCCAAGUCUCCACCCCUGGACCUGAUCGACACAGGGAAGGGGCUAAAGGUCCAGACGGCUACCCCACAUCUGGUUAGCCUAGGCAGUGGAAGGCUGAGUGUGGCUAUCACCCUGCUCCCACUGAAAGAAGGGGUGACACGUAUAGGCAGAGAAGAUGCUCCAGUUCCUCAAGAUAUUACAAUAGAGGGUCCUGGUAUCGAGGCGGAGCAUUGUCUUAUUUUCAAUGAAGGAGGGGUGGUGACCCUGGACCCCUGUGGUCACCUCUGCAGUCUGGAUGGAGUCCAGGUCACUGUGCCAACACCACUCACACAGGGUUAUUCCCUGUGUUUGGGUAAAUCCUAUUUCUUCCGCUUCAACCAUCCUGAAGAGGCUAGCAGAAUGAAGAGCAUGCUUCCACAAAAGAGCCAUGUGUCCACCCUAGCCUACAACACAGAUUACCUGAAAUUUAGUAGUGACUAUAGCCAUGCGGUGGUGGGGGGCACCAGUAGUGCGAGGGGCAUGCGAUCAGCCUCUGAGCUUCGAGACUUGAUGGACACCCUGCAACGCAAGAAAAUUGCCCUGGAAAACAGCCUGAGAGCCAACGGGAAUGCUAACCCCUCAUACUUCAGUGUCACACAGUCUCCACCCACCACACCUGUCUCAACUCCAUCCACAUCCUCGUCAGCCUAUCAGGACCAGACAAGGCGUUUCUACGGCACAGAUCGUCCGCCUAAGUCUGCUUCGCCUCUUUCCCCUGGACGACGAUCUGACCCUUCUUAUUCUCUGACUUCCCGCACAUCUGUUGGCCGCAAUCAGGACAACUUUGGCAUUAGCGAUAGCCGGCGACUGCACAGCCAAGGCUCCUCUCCAUUACUGUCCACGUGGAGUGGCGGAGGCUCUUCCAGUUCUGUUGCUGCUAGCGAUAGCUUCCUCCUCACUCUUCCUCCUUCCUCUUCCUCAUCCCGCUCACCAUCGACAGGGGGCGCAGUCAGCAUGCCAUCAAGCCCCCGUCUAGGCCGCCGUACCUUUGGGAACCAAGAACCAUUGGCCAGCACUCGAACCAGGAAAUACUCAGCAGGCUCACUGAGUGGGAUGAUGGUCGGAGGGCAUAGUCGCUCGCUACCACGUCUCUGUCCCUCUCCAUCUCCACGCGACAACAAUGGAGGGCUGACUUUGUCAACGCUGCCUCCACGACGGUCUGAUGUUGUAGGGGGUUACAAAUAUAGCAGAGAUCCUUAUAACAGCAGCCAGAAUGCCAGCCCUGACCUCAACCAUAAUUCCAGUAACUCCAACCAGCAAGCCUUCAACAGGAACCAAAUCCAGACUGCAGCUCAGGGUGAAGGUGUUGUGUCUAUCUCUCUUUCCUCCCCUAAGAGUUCACCCUCCACCACCCACACCAUUUCUGCCACAACUGCCCCACCAGAUGUGACAAUCCCAUCCAGGGCAGGGGGCUCCUCUUCUCCUCGUGUUGCUAAAAAACUCAGCCUGACCUCAACUAGCUCAUUGGGCUCUGUCAGCACCGCAGGUUCCAGCCCUCCUGACCCAGAGCGGCUAGCUAGCCAUGGAGUUUCACCAGGAAUAGAGGUGUCUUUGGGGGAGAGGGACAAACGGGUAGGAGGCCUUGAACACACUGGUACCCUGGGCCUGGGACUCGGAGAGAGGAGGGCUUCUUUUGGGAAGGCAGGACUAGAACCUGGGAUUGGUCUGGGGGAGAGGAGGCAGUCAUUUGGAAAGGCAGGGGUGACCCCACCAGGGGGUUUCAGGGAAAGACGGGGGAGUAUCAGCUCAUUGAGUGGGAAGGAAGAAUUGACCGAUUACCACCAACGGCAAAAAGAAGAGAGACUCCGCGAGCAGGAGGUGGAGAGACUGGAGCGUCAGCGGCUAGAGACCAUCUUGUCUCUUUGUUCUGAGCUGGGCCGGACUGAAAGGGAUGGAGGUGGCGCAGCUACAAGUCCUGCUUCUACUGUGGCCGACCUCCAAAAGAUCAACCAAGAACUUGAGAAGCUCCAACUGAACGAUGACGAUGACGACACACCGUCUGUCUUUUCGGACUCUUCAGCUGUUAAUGGAACAACGGGAAAUGGACACUUGACCUCACCUGGAUCAGAAAAUGGUUACUACGAUGAUGAUCUCCACGUACGACGGAGGCGCAGUAGUGGUCAAAGAGACAACAGGGCAGAAUCACCUGCUGUCAGUCUGCGAAGCUUUGCCCCCUCGCCGUCUCCACGUGGAUCGAGGAUAAAUGAGGCUCUAAAUGAUACAGCUCGCCGCCGUGGACAGAACAUGAUGCCUUCAGAGGAGGAAGUGAGGCAUGUGGAAGAGGAGAGGAUCCAGGUGCUAAACAACAUGGAGGAGCUGGAACAAAAAAUCAAAGAGCUGGAUAACCAAAUGAACGAAUCUGCCCGAGAGGUGGAGGUGGAGCGAGCUCUGGUUGAGGCUGAGCAGGAGUCUGAGGUAGCUGCCCUCCAGCAGGAAAAAGAUGCUUUGGAGGCACUUCACAACAAGAUGGCUGACCUGGAGACCAAGUCCCAGCAAGAAAAAGACAAGGCGUGUGAGUUGCUGCAGGCAGAAAGGUGCAGAGUAGAGAGGUUGGCUCAGAUUGUGUGUGAGCAGCGCUCCCAGCUGGACAGCUGCCCUGAAGCUACCAAGGAGCCCCUGCAGGAGCAGCUAGCCAGGGACUGCGAGGUACUUGAGGCAGAGACAAAACGAUUUGAGGACCUGGAGUUUCAGCAGCUUGAGAAAGAGAGUAGGCAGGACGAGGAGAAGGAGACACAUACACAGCAGCUUCUCCGGGAGAUCGCAGACUACCAGCGCAGCACUGUCACUCGCAAGGAGCGACUGUUAACUCUGAAGAAACAAGCAACACAGAUUACCCAGCAAGCUCAGCGAGAAAAGGAGAGUUUCUUGAAGGAAAGGAGCAACCUCGAAUCAAUGCUGCAAAGAGAGAAAGAAAGCCUUGCCUCGCUGGAAAGAAGAUACGCUGAGCUCACUGGUGGCCGGAGUUUCACUCUGAGAGAGGGUACAGCCUCUUUGGCUGAUGUGUGUCAAUCCCUCCUUUCCUCUAUUUUUCACAAGAACGCUGAGGGCUAUGUCACAGUCAGUGAAAUCAAUGAGCUUUACUCACAGCUUGGGCAGGACCCAAAACCUGCCCCUGCCAAAGCCUCCCCUGAGUCCGAGGUAAACCCCUCCCCUGACGACAACUCCCCCAAACCAGCGGAGGAUGAGCUCUGUCAUUCUUCCUCACCUGCCGACUGUCACUCCUCUUCCUCCUCUUCUUCUUCCUCCCAUCUAAAUCCCCGUUCCCUCCCCAAAACACCCUCUGUGCAUUGGCCAGAGAACAUGGUGACAUAUCGAGACCCCUCACCCCUCCCUGACUCUCCCCCACCUCCCCUUCCUAUCAAAAAGAAUCACCAACGACACAGGCAGCAUUUCCGUUUGCUGGAGGAGAGGAGGCGAUCUGAGAAAGACGGUGGGUCACAUUUAAGUGAUACAUUACCCAGGAAGAAAACUGCACCCACCAUGAACCCUCAGUUCACAUGUGCAACACUUGGACGCAGCUUCCCCAGCAAGUCCCACCAGCCUCUGGUGCAGAGUGCAAGUUGUGGCAGCAUACUUCCAAGAAUUCUCUCCUUAUCCAGCAAGGAAACUGAAUCUCGACGUCUGCAUAAAGGUCAGCCAAGCUCCCGGGCAGCCUCGCAGACCAACAUCUACCUCGAUGCCUUCGGGUACCGUGACAACCAGGCCUUCGACACGAUGAGUGUAGAUAGCAGUGACUCCAUUGAAACCAGCAUCUCUGCUUGCUCACCCGACAACGUCUCCAGUGCCAGUACGUCAAAUGUGGCCAAACUGGAGGAGAUGGAGCGCCUGCUGAGAGAGGCACAGGUCGAGAAGAACCGCCUCCUCGAACACAAGGAGCGAGAAAUGGAAAUGCGAAAGCAGGCUCUGGACGAGGAGAGGAAAAGAAGGGAGGAACUGGAGAAAAGGCUGCAGGAGGAGACGAGCAGACGGCAGAAACUCAUCGACCGAGAGGUGAAACUGCGAGAAAAACAGAGGGCGCAGUCCCGGCCGCUAACCCGGUAUCUGCCGGUGAGAAAGGACGACUUUGACUUGCGGGCUCACAUCGAGUCGGCGGGCCACAGCACAGACACGUGCUUCCACUUGUCCAUCUCUGAAAAGACGUGCCGAGGCUACCUGGUCAAGAUGGGAGGAAAGAUCAAAACCUGGAAGAAACGCUGGUUCGUCUUUGACCGCAACCGACGUACGCUCUCCUACUAUGCAGACAAGCACGAAGCCAAGCUGAAAGGAGUCAUUUACUUUCAAGCUAUUGAAGAAGUAUAUUACGAUCACUUGAAGAAUGCACAUAAGAGCCCAAACCCCUCCCUAACCUUCAGCGUGAAGACUCAUGAUAGAGUCUACUACAUGGUGGCUCCCUCUCCUGAAGCCAUGAGGAUCUGGAUGGAUGUGAUCGUCACAGGUGCAGAGGGAUACACCCAGUUCAUGGUGUAGUGAAGGGCUGGUGGCGGCUACAUGCUGGCUUUAAAGACAAACAUUUCAAUUCCUUUUUUAUCCUUGGACUUUUUAAGUGUCUGGAUGGAUGUUAAUGUCAUCUAUGCUGAAUAAUGUAGUUUGUGUUGAGUUGAGACAGCAGUGUUGAAUGAUUUUAUCGGCAUUAUUUACAACACAGCAGCAUUUAAAAUGAUAGCGGGGAGCAUCCAUGUGAAGAUGUGGGCAGAUACAAGAUGAUUUUUACAUUUUUAUUCUAUUUUGGAGAUGUUUCUGAUACGGUGCACCACUCUGCCUCAGAGUAAACUCAGGUGUACCUCAAAGUAUUGUUCAAAUAUAAAAUAUACUUAGUAAAAUGUUUACCUGACUGAACUUUUCUACAAGCUUUGUUAAAAUGUGUUUUUCAGAGAAGAGUAGCUUGUUUUAGCCAUCUUUUUACAAAGGGUUUUAAGGUGGAUAAAUUGGAAAAGUCAAUGCUGGCUUAACCAGUUUCAGCUCCUGACAUCUUCAACAUCUUAUACAAAGUCUGAACAAUUUUACCAUGACACGGAAGAGCUCAUUUGCCAAUGGGUUGAAUCAAUUUUAGACUAUUUCCAGUGUUUUAAUUGAUUUUAACACCAUCUCCCAGGAGGAACAAAGCAUAUAAAUGUAGUUAUUGUUUAGCAAAUGUAUUUAAAUUUUCUUUUUAAUCAAAAUUUUAUUUUACGUUGCUACUGUGUCAUUCUCAGGUCUGAAGUAGGUGCAUGGAUGCAUCAUAUGAUGGUGUUCUAAUCAAUAUUCAUAUGAUUAAAAUAAGUGCCUGUUUUGUGUGUGUACUAUAUGUACACAUGUACUUUCUGUGGGCCUCUAAUGAGGCUCCAUGGUGCUAUUCUUAUAUAGCAAAAUGACACUACUAUUCCAAGACUUAAUACUAUACUAGUCAACAUAAGUUAUUACCAGUCCUUUUUUAAAUGGAUUCAUGUGCUGGGUUACAAUAGUAUCACCAGAGACUCUGAAACAAACUCAAAACUUAGAGUCAGGAGACUUGUUUUCCAGUAUAAGGAGUUUUAUCAGUACCAGGAAAUAUGACUUUCAAUAAGACUUAAAGUAGUUGUAUAUUUUGUUUCUAAGUUGUAGUUAGUUCGAAAGUAGUUUUGACACUAAGCCUAUGAUUAUCAACACGAGUCCUAUUUGUGCCUUUUUCCGAUCAUAUUUCACGUGACAGUGUUUUUAUGUGCAUAUUAUCAAUAUUUUUCUGAGCUCUAUAUAUCUAUAUACUGAAUGCCAAAAUGUCUGUGGGGAGAAAACAUGUGGGUUGUUUUGUGUGGAAAAAGUCUCACACAAAGAUGCCAAGCAGACAAAAAUCAAUGGUACACGCAUUCACUAGUCAUCUAGACUGACUGAUUAUUGUGUCACUACAUUGCAUUUAUUACCACUAAUUUAAUGUGUUUGUUUAAAUGACUAUUCCACCUUGAUCACUAAAGCUGCUUUCAUAUUUUGUAUCAUACUCCAUGCUGCAUUAGACCAUUUCAGGCCACUGAUAUGUGCAUGUAUCAUCUUGCCUUUUUGCUUUUAUGUUUUUUUUUGUUUUUUGUUUUUUUUUUUACCAAAGUUUAUGUUUAAGUGAUAUGAUGUAUAUGUGGUUUCUUUGCUUUCUUUAAAUACAGUAAGAUCAAAAGUGUAU